GCGGAGCGGCGCCGCCUCGACCGCCGCCCCCAGGCCUCAGCCGGACGCGGCCGGAGUGCGGUCCAGACUCGGGAUAUCACGUCAUGUCAGUGACCUGUGGUACGUGAUCCUCUGGCCGCUCCUCAGCAUCUCUGGAUUCAUCGUGGGGUGGGCAUGUCAGUAGCUUGGUCCCUGCGUGGCUGAGGCUCCACGUGUGGCUGCUCCAGCGCUGUGUGCCUUCGCCAGGUGAAGGAGAACAUUAAGUGGGAUUAAAAAGGAGGGCGAUAAUGCACCAUGGCAGCGGCCCUCAGGGCGUCCAGCACCAGCUGCAGAGGCCCAGGGCCUUCCCCAGCAGCGACGGAGAAGAGCAGCAGGCCCACCCAAACCCACCACAGUCCCCUGCCACGCCCUUCGCGCCGUCGGCCAGCCCGUCCGCGCCUCAGUCUCCUGGCUACCAAGUUCAGCAGCUAAUGAACAGGAGUCCCGUGACCGGGCAGAAUGUGAACAUCGCCCUUCAGAGCGUCGGCCCAGUGGUGGGAGGAAACCCACAGAUCACGCUGGCCCCUCUGCCGCUCCCGAGCCCCACUUCUCCAGGUUUCCAGUUCAGCGCCCAGCAGAGGCGGUUUGAGCAUGGCUCUCCGUCAUACAUCCAGGUCACUUCGCCGCUGUCGCAACAGGUGCAGACUCAGAGCCCCACCCAGCCCAGUCCUGGACCCGGGCCGGGCCUGCAGAGUGUGCGGGCGGCCACCCCCGGCCCCGGCCUGGGCCUUUGUAGCAGCAGUCCCACUGGGGGCUUCGUGGACGCCAGCGUGCUGGUGAGGCAGAUGAGCCUGAGCCCGUCCGGCGGCGGGCACUUUGUGUUUCAGGAGAGCUCGGGCCUUGCCCAGAUGGCUCCAGGCCCCCAGGUGCAGCUGCAGCACGCGGGGGCUCCCAUCGCGGUCCGGGAACGGAGACUGUCCCAGCCCCACGCGCAGUCUGGGGGCACCGUCCACCACCUGGGACCGCAGAGCCCUGCGGCCGCGGGUGCAGCCAGCCUGCAGCCCCUGGCCAGCCCCGGCCACAUCACCACGGCGAGCCUGCCCCCCCAGAUCAGCAGCAUCAUUCAGGGGCAGCUGAUCCAGCAGCAGCAGGUGCUGCAGGGGCCGCCACUCACCAGACCCCUGCUCUCCGGGGUCGGGGUCGGGGGGACUUCGGCCUUUGGGAUGACGUCCCCGCCGCCCCCGACCAGCCCUUCCAGGACCGCGGGGGCCCCGGGCCUCUCCAGCCUUCCUCUCACAUCUGCGGGGAACGCGGGGGUGAGGAAGGCUCCCAAGAAGUUGGAGGAGAUACCCCCUGCCUCUCAGGAGCUGGCCCAGAUGAGGAAGCAGUGCCUGGACUAUCACUACAGAGAGAUGGAGGCGCUGAGGGAGGCCUUCAAGGAGUACUUGAUCGAGUUGUUCUUCCUGCAACACCUCCAAGGGAACAUGAUGGAUUUCUUGGCUUUUAAGAAGAAGCAUUAUGCUCCGUUGCAAGCUUACCUUAGGCAGAAUGAUUUGGACCUGGAGGAGGAGGAGGAGGAGGAGGAGGAGGAGGAGGAGGAAGAAAAGUCUGAGGUUAUCAAUGAUGAGCAGCAAGCUCUCGCAGGGGCCCUUGUGGCGGGGGCCGGAAGCGUGGGAGAAGCGGACCCCUUUAAGAGGCAGCAGGCGGGGCCCCCGGCAGAGCAGUCUAAGAGGCCUCGGCUUGAAGUGGGCCACCAGGGGGCAGUUUUCCAGCACCCGGGGGCGAAUGCAGGGGUUCCUCUUCAGCAGCUAAUGCCGACAGCUCAAGGAGGGAUGCCUCCUGCCCCUCAGGCCGCUCAGCUCGCCGGACAGAAGCAGAGCCAGCAGCAGUAUGACCCGACCACGGGGCCUCCGGUGCAGAACGCCGCCAGCCUGCACACCCCGCCGCCGCAGCUGCCCGGCCGGCUGCCCUCUACCACACCCCUCCCGCCGGCACUGCAGUUCGCUCAGCAGCCACAGGCGGGGGAGCCCCACGUGCAGCUUCAAGUCCCGGCCAAGGCCCAGCAGCCAAACGCCCCUGUCCCUGCGCCCCCACCCAGCCAGCUGCCUGCUCCGCCGCCGCAGCCCAUGCCGCAGGCGCUGCACGCCCCGGUGCCCGGGAAGGCUCCGCUGCAGGCCGCCCCGCUCCCGCAGCCGCAGACGGUGGCGCCCACAAGACCGCCUGUGGACCCCACCCAGCCUUGUCAGCGGCCCCCACCAGCCGCCUCUUCUACCUCGUCCAUCGCUCCUUCUAGCGGCUCUGGCCCGUCGCCAGCACGGGGCUCUGCAGGGAAUAGACCCUCCUCGGCAGCCAGCAAGUCACUGUCUCCGGUCACCUCCCGAUCCCCAGGGGCAGUCGUGUCAGCGCCCCCAAAACCACAGAGCCCGGCUCUGAAUGCCGCCCCGCCCCAGGACAGCUCUCAGGAUAAGCUGGCGGAACAGAUAGCACUGGAAAACCAGACCCAUCAGCGAAUCGCAGAUCUGAGGAAAGAAGGCCUGUGGUCCCUCAGGCGGUUGCCCAAACUGCAGGAGGCCCCGCGGCCCAAGUCGCACUGGGACUAUCUGCUGGAGGAGAUGCAGUGGAUGGCCACGGACUUCGCCCAGGAGAGGAGGUGGAAGAUGGCUGCGGCCAGGAAGCUCGUCAGGACUGUGGCGCGCCAGCACGAGGAGAAGCAGCUCCGGGAGGAAAGGGGAAGGAGGGAAGAGCAGAACCGAUUGAGACGCAUCGCUGCCUCAACCGCUAGAGAAAUAGAGUAUUUUUGGUCAAAUAUUGAACAGGUCGUGGAGAUAAAACUACAAGUAGAAUUGGAGGAGAAAAGGAAAAAAGCCUUAAAUUUGCAGAAAGUUCCCAGGAGAGGAAAAGAGUCAAGACCUAAGGGGCUUGACGUGUUGCCAGAAGCUUUCCUGGAGUCGGGACUGUAUGGAAGGAAAAGAAAAGCUAGCACGUCGCUGACUGAUGACGAAGUGGAGGACGAGGAGGAGACCAUAGAAGAGGAAGAAGCCAACGAAGGAGCCGUGGACCACCAGGCAGAGCUGUCCAAUUUAGCCAAAGAAGCCGAAUUGCCCUUAAUCGACUUGAUGAAGUUGUAUGAAGGCGCUUUUCUCCCCAGUUUCCAGUGGCCGCAGCCUAAGCCUGACAGUGCGGAGGCGAGUGAGGAAGAAGAUGUGGAAGACUGCCCGGGUGAGAGCCGGAAGGACGUGGUUCUCAUAGACUCACUGUUCAUCAUGGACCAGUUCAAAGCUGCAGAGAGAAUGACUAUUGGGAACCCUCACACAAAGGACAUCGCGGAGGUGACCGCUGUGGCUGAAGCUGUUCUGCCCAAAGGCAGUGCCCGGGUCAGCCCCACGGUGAAGCUGAAUGCCCCGUCUCUGUUGUAUGGCGUGCUCCGAGAUUACCAGAAAAUCGGUCUGGACUGGCUGGCCAAGCUCUACCGGAAGAACCUCAAUGGCAUAUUGGCAGACGAAGCUGGGCUUGGUAAAACUGUACAGAUCAUUGCUUUCUUUGCCCACCUGGCUUGCAAUGAAGGCAAUUGGGGCCCGCAUCUCGUGGUGGUGAGAGGCUGCAGCAUCCUUAAGUGGGAGCUCGAGCUGAAGCGCUGGUGUCCCGGGCUCAAGACCCUGUUGUACGUGGGCAGCCACAGAGAGCUGAGAGCAAAGAGACAGGAGUGGAUGGAGCCGAACAGCUUCAACGUGUGUGUCGCACCCUACAAGCAGUUCUUCAGAGGCUGCGCGUCCUUCUCGCGUGUGCGGUGGAGGUGCCUCGUCAUCGACGAGAUGCAGCGGGUCAAGGGCAUGACCGAGAGGCACUGGGAGGCCGUGUUCACUCUGAAGAGCCAGCAGCGCCUGCUCCUGAUGGACGCGCCGCCGCACAACACCUUCCUGGAGCUGUGGACCAUGGUGCACUUCCUCAUCCCCGGCAUCUCCAGGCCUUACCUGCACCCGCCGCUCAAGGCCCCGAACGAGGAGAACCAGGACUACUACCACAAAGUGGUCAUCCGCCUGCACCGGGUGACCCAGCCCUUCAUCCUGAGGCGGACCAAGAGGGACGUGGAGAAGCAGCUGACAAGGAAGUACGAGCACGUGCUCAAGUGCCGGCUGUCGAGCCGGCAGAAGGCCCUGUACGAGGACGUGAUCCUGCAGCCCGGAACGCAGGAAGCGCUGAAGAGCGGGCACUUCGUGGACGUGCUGAGCAUCCUGCUGAGGCUGCAGCGCAUCUGCAACCACCCUGGGCUGGUGGAGCCGCGGCUCCCGGAGUCCUCCUACACGGCAGGGCCCCUGCAGUACCGCUCCGCCUCCCUCAUUCUCCAGGCGCUUGACGGAGACUCCUGGAAGGAAGCAGAUCUCUCUAUGUUUGAUCUUAUCGGCCUGGAGAAUAAAAUGACUCGUCACGAGGCAGAACUGCUGUGUAAGAAGAAGGUGACGCGGAAAGUCAUGGAGGAGCUGCUCACUGCGCCGCUCCCGUCGGUCAGACCCACGGCGCUGAGACUGAAGCCCAGCAGGUUGUUUCAGCCCGUGCAGUACGGCCAGAAGCCCGAGGGUCGCACUGUGGCUUUCCCCAGCGUGCACCCGCCCCGGACAGCGGCUUCCGCCGCAGCCACCGCCACUCCUCAGGGCCACGUGCGAGGACGGCCACCGAUCGCUACGUUCUCUGCAAAUCCAGAUGCGAAAGCGGCCGCAGCCCCGUUUCAGAGCUCCCAGGCCUCCGCCGGCGCGCCGAGACCGCCCGCCUCGACCUGCAGCGCAGCACCUAGCGCCGCCCAUCCUGCGAAACCGCGGGCCCCGCCCCCGCCCCCGCCCCAGGCCCCCCCGCACCCGGCUGGGCAGAGCGCCCUGCCUCCGGGGCUGGUGCUCACCUCGCAGGCCCAGGCGCGCCUGCCCAGCGGGGAGGUGGUCAAAAUUGCGCAGCUGGCGUCGCUGGCAGGGCCGCAGAGCCGAGUCGCCCAGCCGGAGACCCCUGUGACACUGCAGUUCCAAGGGAACAAGUUCACACUGUCGCACAGCCAGCUGCGGCAGCUCACAGCCGGCCAGCCGCUGCAGCUGCAAGGCAGCGUCCUUCAGAUCGUGUCCGCGCCCGGCCAGUCCUACCUGCGGCCUCCCGGCCCCGUGGUGAUGCAGACCGUGUCUCAGGCGGGCACCCUCAGCGCCCUGGGAGGCAAGCCCCCGGCCGGCGGCCCAAGCCCCGCACCCAUGACGCCGCCAGUUGGUGUGCCUGGGCGGGUGGUGGCCAACCCCCUGGCUGCAGGAGACCCUGGAAUGGCCUCCAAACCAGCCUCUCCCGUCGGAGGGCCAACCCAGGAGGAGAAGACCAGACUUUUAAAAGAGCGACUGGACCAGAUCUACUUUGUCAACGAGCGCCGUUGCUCUCGGGCCCCCGUCUACGGCAGAGAUUUGUUGCAGAUUUGCUCCGUGGUUGGCAGAGAACAGAUUCCUUGGCUCGGGGCUUCUGACGGCGGUCACUGGAAGGCGGCCAGGCCAGCCUGCGGUCACUCCUCACCCUCGCCCAGUCACAGGGGCCUGAUUUUGACACUGACCCAACGGCAAGCCUGCCUGCAGGAUGUCAUUGACAGGGUGGCGUGCGUGAUCCCGCCGGUGGUGGCCGCGCCCCCAUCCUUGUGGGUGGCGAGGCCGCCGUCCCUCUACAGCCACAGGAUGAGGAUCUUGAGGCACCGCCUGAGAGAGCACACGGCCCCCUACGCGCAGCAGCUGCAGCAGGUCACGGCGCUGCGCUCCCUCCGCUUUCCUGAGCUCAGAUUGGUCCAGUUUGACUCGGGAAAGCUAGAAGCCUUGGCUAUCUUACUCCAGAAGUUGAAGUCAGAAGGACGUCGAGUGCUGAUCUUGUCGCAGAUGGUUCUCAUGUUGGACAUUUUAGAAAUGUUCUUGAACUUCCAUUAUCUCACCUACAUCAGAAUCGAUGAAAACGCCAACAGCGAGCAGCGGCAGGAACUGAUGAGGAGUUUUAACAGAGACCGGCGGAUUUUCUGUGCCAUUCUGUCGACUCACAGCCGCGCCACAGGGGUGAGCCUGGUGGAGGCCGACGCGGUGGUGUUCUAUGACAAUGACCUGAACCCCGUGAUGGAUGCCAAGGCCCAGGAGUGGUGCGAGAGGAUCGGGAGGCGCAAGGACGUCCACAUAUACAGGCUUGUAAGCGGCAAUUCCAUCGAAGAGAAGCUGUUGAAAAAUGGAACCAAAGACCUGAUCCGAGAAGUAGCCGCUCAGGGCAAUGAUUAUUCCAUGGCGUUCCUGACGCAGCGCACCAUCCAGGAGCUGUUUGAGGUGUGCUCUCCGACGGACGAUGCCGGCUUCCCAGUGAAGGCGGAGGAGUUUGUGGUCCUUUCUCAGGAACCUUCUGCCACAGAAAUCAUCGCACCCAAAAUCGCAAGACCUUUCAUUGAGGCCCUCAAGAGUAUCGAGUACCUGGAGGACGAUGCCCAGAAACCUGAGGAGGAAGUGGUGCCGGGGUCGCCUGACGGCGAUGGCCCAGGCUGGCGGGAGGAGCCGUCGCAGCUGGAGGAGUUAGCGGACUUUAUGGAGCAGCUCACACCUAUUGAAAAGUACGCCCUGAACUACCUGGAGUUAUUCCACACGCCCAUUGGCCCGGAGAAGGAGGGCAGCGGCGAGGACGCUGUGCUGACUGCCGUGACGGAGUGGGAGGCGCGGAACGCCAGGGCCCAGCGGGAGCGGGAGGCGCGGGCGCUGCGGGAGCAGGACCACGAGCAGCUGCUCACCUACACGCGGGAGGACGCCUACAGCGCGGAGUACGUCUGUGAAGGUGCCGACGGGCAGAUGGAGGUCAUGCCGCUCUGGACACCGCCCACGCCACCCCAGGACGACAACGACAUCUACGUGGACCCGGUCCUGUGUCUCACGUACGAAAGCACGCCCAUCCCAGAGUCCAAGCUGCCUCCUGUGUACGUGAGGAAGGAGCGCAGGCGCCACCGCACGGACCCAUCAGCCACAGGCCGGAAGAAGAAGCAGCGGCACGGGGAGCCGGUCGUCCCUCCCCGCUCGCUGUUCGAUCGCGCUGCGCCCGGCCUGCUGAAGAUGCGACGGGAAGGGAAGGAGCAGAAGAAGAACAUUCUGCUGAAGCAGCAGACGCAGUUUGCCAAGCCUCUGCCAACCUUUGCCAAACCGACGGCUGAGUCGGGCCCAGACAACCCCGAGUGGCUCAUCAGCGAGGACUGGGCGCUGCUGCAGGCCGUGAAGCAGCUCCUGGAACUGCCUCUGAACCUUACGAUAGUGUCCCCGGCCCACACGCCCAACUGGGACCUUGUCAGCGACGUGGUCAACUCCUGCAGCCGCAUCUACCGCUCUUCCAAGCAGUGCCGGAGCCGCUACGAGAAUGUACUCAUUCCGAGGGAGGAGGGCAAGAGUAAGAACAACCGUCCCCUGCGCACAGGCCAGAUGUAUGCCCAGGACGAGAACGCCACGCACACCCAGCUGUACACGAGCCACUUCGACCUGAUGAAGAUGACCGCCGGGAAGAGGAGCCCUCCCAUCAAGCCUCUGCUUGGCAUGAAUCCCUUUCAGAAAAACCCCAAGCACGCCUCCGUGUUGGCGGAAAGUGGCAUCAACUACGACAAACCACUGCCUCCCAUCCAGGUGGCGUCUCUCCGGGCAGAGCGCAUCGCCAAAGAGAAGAAGGCACUGGCCGAUCAGCAGAAGGCGCAGCAGCCGCCUGUGGCGCAGCCCCCACCGCCCCCACCGCAGCCACAGCCCCCGCCGCCCCAGCAGCCACCUCCCCCUCUGCCCCAGCCCCAGGCGGCAGGUGCCCAGCAGCCCCCGGGACCACCCGCUGUCCAGCCACAGGCCCAGGCGCAGCCCCAGGCACAGCCCGCACAGCCCCCGCCGAAGGUGCCCCCGGCCAUCACGACAGUGGGCAGCGCCGCCGUGCUGCAGGCGGGAGCCAUUAAAACCUCCGUCACGGGGACGAGCAUGCCCACGGGCACAGUGAGUGGCAACGUCAUUGUGAACACCAUCGCGGGAGUCCCUGCUGCCACCUUCCAGUCGAUUAACAAGCGCCUUGCUUCCCCCGUGGCGCCGGGAGCCUUGACGACAUCCGGGGGCGCUGCCCCUGCCCAGGUGGUCCACACCCAGCCGCGAGCGGUCGGCUCCCCAGCCACAGCCUCGUCCGACCUGGUGUCCCUGGCGCCCACCCAGAGUGUCCGCGCAGUUACUUCUGUGACAGCCUCGGCCGUGGUGACUACGAGCCUGGCCCCGGUGCAGACCCCGACCCGGUCUUUGGUGACUCAGGUGUCCCAAGCCGCAGGGGUGCAGCUGCCAGGGAAAGCCGUCGCACCCGCACACUUCCAGCUGCUGCGGCCGCCGCCGCCACCGCCGCCGCCCUCCCAGGUGCAAGUCCCGCAGAUCCAGGGCCAGGCCCAGUCUCCGGCGCAGAUCAAAGCUGUCAGCAAGCUGACGCCGGAACAUCUGAUCAAAAUGCAGAAGCAGAAACUGCAGCUGCCCCAGCAGGCCCCCCAGCCGCAGGCCCCGCCGGGGCCCCCACAGCCCGCCGCACAGGUGCAAGUGCAGGCCCCGCCACCCACGCCGCAGCAGAGCCCCCAGCUGGCCACGGUCACGGCCCCACGGCCCGGAGCUCUGCUCACGGGCACCACCGUGGCCAACCUCCAGGUGGCCCGGCUCACCCGGGUUCCCCCUUCGCAGCUGCAGGCGCAAGGGCAGAUGCAGGCCCAGGCGCCCCAGCCAGCUCAGGUGGCGCUGGCGAAGCCUCCGGUGGUGUCCGUGCCUGCGGCCGUGGUCUCCUCGCCGGGCGUGACGACCCUGCCCAUGAACGUUGCUGGGAUCAGUGUGGCCAUCGGGCAGCCACAGAAAGCCGCAGGACAGACGGUCGUAGCCCAGCCCGUGCACGUCCAGCAGCUGCUGAAGCUCAAGCAGCAAGCCGUGCAGCAGCAGAAAGCCGUGCAGCCGCAGGCCGCCCCGGGCCCCGCCACCGUCCCGCAGAAGAUCACUGCGCAGCAGAUCGCUGCUCAGGGCCAGCCACAGAAGGUCACCUAUGCCACCCAGCCAGCCCUUAAAACCCAGUUUCUUACCACACCCAUCUCGCAGGCCCAGAAGCUGGCCGGGACUCAGCAAGUGCAGACCCAGAUCCAGGUUGCCAAACUCCCUCAAGUCGUCCAGCAGCAGACGCCUGUGGCCGGCAUUCAGCAGGUGGCCUCUGCUUCCCAGCAGGCUUCCCCACAGACCGUGGCCCUGACCCAGGCCACAGCGGCUGGGCAGCAGGUGCAGAUGAUCCCCACGGCGACCGCAGCCGCACAGGUGGUGCAGCAGAAGCUCCUGCAGCAGCAGGUCGUGACGACGGCGGCGGCCCAGCUGCAGAGCCCCGGCGUCCCCAACCCAACCCAGGGGCCAGCCAGCGCCGACAGCCCCAGCCAGCAGCCCAAGCUACAGAUGCGAGUCCCUGCCGUCAGGCUAAAGACGCCCACCAAGCCUCCGUGCCCCUAGUCCCCAGAGCGGGGUGGCCACCGUAUCCCCCGCCCGCGCCCCCAGCCAGAGGCGGGAGACUGUUGUUGAACCUUGGGACGAUGUCAUUUGAGGUGUUCAGCACUUGCACAGUCAUCCUUGAAACGGAGCACUGUCAUUGUUUUCUCAUGCUGCCCACCAUGGGCGCCAGUGAUCCUUACUGUGCGCCCUGUUCUGUAGAAGGAGACGAGUUGAAAAAGUGACAGUGGUGAUUUUGACUUCCAGUUUCUCCUCGAGAGCGAUAGUGCUGGGCCUCGAAGCCACUUAGAAACCCCAUUAGUGCGCCGUGUCUCACGCAUCCCAGUAGCUGCGUGGCGUGUGUGGGGACUCGUACAAUACUUGCUGAAGCCAAAUCAUGGUCUUUGGCCGCAUCUGCCUGUGUGCGGUUCUGUGCACCCACAGAAAACCCGCUCGGGGCCUUGGAGAGGACAGAGGCUGUCUGCCACAGAGCAGCUCAGACCUGGGGAGGUGGGUGUGCUUCCUUCUCCGUCCUGAGAUGUGACUGGUUUGGACACUUACAGGAAAUGUUCAGCACAGAUGCCCAUUGAAGCUCAUUUGUGUGCUGGGUCAACGCGGUCCCAUCUCUGGUUGAAUUUUCAUUCUGAAGAGCAGCCAGUGUGGCUUCCCCCCGGCUCUGCCCACAGCAUGACUGGUUCCUGUCCCGGCACAUCCAGGACGUUUCCCGGCCUGGGGAGGACGCUCGUGCUUGGACUUCGCGCACUGAAGCGGCUCUGGCAGACUUUGUGAGGCUCCUGUCUUGGACAGGUUUGGGCCCAGAGCGCUCCGCGGAUGGCCUGUGGCGCAGGGGUCACUGCCGUGUGAGAGGCGAGGUGCCCGGUUAGAGUGGGAUGCCUGGCAUCGCCCCCUCACUUUCCUGCCUGUCCCGGGCGUGAUCUGCUGACGUGAGAAACCGCCUUGAACGCGGUGACUUAUUUAUGAGCCUGCAGGCGUCACCUACAGAAGCGGGCGUAGCGAACCCCUCGCCGCCAACUCGGAGCAGGCUUCUGGUUCUCGUCACGCGGGGGUCUCAGCUGUGAGCAGCUGCCCUCCUCUGGUUCCGUGGGGAGCGGAGAACCUUCUAUGCCGUGUGUGUGGGCAGGGGUGGGAGGCCCUGUGUUUGCUUCUGUUUUGUUUUUUGAUGACGGCAAGAUAAUAGUUUCUACAGUGGGCUCGAGCAGCUGAUGUCUGCUCACCUGGACGUUUUUGCCCAAGCAGAAGCACGUGUUCUAUGACCGCCUCUCUGCUCUGCCUCCGGACCUCUUGUACCUUACUCGGUCCUGAGAAUCCGGUUGCGUCAGGCCUGUGUGGAGCUUUUACCUGCCAGUUUCACGUGCUCUCCCGUCCUCGUACCAUCUAAGUGACACGAAGGAAAGUGCACUGUGUGUUUCUGUUCCGUUCAGUGUUAUGUGGACGGUAACAUGGGGGCCGUUAGCGAAGCCGACCCAGCAGCUCACUGUCAAGUCCGGGUGAGAGUUUGGAGAGGCACUUAACAGUUCCGUCAUCUUGAACGUAUCGCAAGAGUCCUGUACUCUGUUUUCUCAGCACCGCACCUGCUGGCUCUGGUUGGGCAGGCGCCGUCAGGAGAGAACGCGGGGUGCGGGAGGCCCUGUGCACACUUUUCACGUGGGUGUGUGGGGCUCCUGCCUUUCUCUGUCCCCAGACAUGCGGAGCUACCAUGCAUGGAACCCUCUCCUCUCAGCUUCUGAUUCGUGCACCCUGUCCGUUUUCCUCUCGUCCCUCGUGCUGCCGGCAGUUUGUGUUUGGAGGAGAUGGUGGGCGCGGCUGCCCAGGCGGCGGUCCUCUGUUAGUCUGGACACCGGGAGAGAAUUCGCAGCAUCUCUCAGAACUGACCCGGGGUUCGGAGCCCCCGCCCUUUCUCAGUGCGUGAACGGAGUCUCAUCUCAGGGCAUUUCCUUGGCGUGUCCCCUAAGGCAGAGUACGGAGCAGGACGCGUGUUACUUGGGUUUUUCUGAGACGUCGCCAGCACCCCCACUGGUGACUCGGGUAGGCCGCCUCCUCCCCGUGCGCCGUUUCUCGGCCUUCUGUCGUCAAGGCUCCCCAUCCGUGUUUCAGAAUUGAGUACAGGUGUGGGGGCUGGUCCCGUGAGCGGAGUCCCGCAGCGGCCGUGAGCUGGGGUUCUUGCCGGGACGGGACGUAGCGGCCAAGGCUAGAGACGGCAGCCGGAGCGCCAUCAGACUCCACCGCGAGGAGCAGCCGCCCGUGUUCUUUACUGAGAGACGUGGGCUCUAAUGAAGGGCAGGAGGCUGUUUGUAAGGCCCCCGUGGGAAACGGGAAGCCGGGCCCCGUGCUUGUUUGGAUUUGGUGCCUGAUGAGGCAGGGCUUUCCUGUCCCAGGUCUCCACCAUCUUCCGUUCCCUGUAUAACCAGAUGGCGGUUGUGUUGUAAAAUAUAAAGCAAGAAGACUGAGAUUGUAAAUAUUUUGUAAACAUGACCAUUUGUACUUGAACAGUAGGAUUUUAAAAAGGGCACUGGUAUCCCGCCAAACAAAAGGUGUAAUAAAAUGACCUUUUUGUAUGUUU